CCCAUUAUCCAGCUCAAGCCGAUGCCAUGGAAAGGAAUGCCAAGACUUUUCAUCGCCCCUUGCCUUCCUCCUUCUCUUCCUCUUCCUCUUGUUGCUUCUUCUUCAUCUUCUUCGUUUCGUUAAUCACCGUCGUCAUCUUCAUUACCUGCCCUUUCAUCUUCCUCCAGACGCCUCUUGUGACUUAGCCCUCAACCUAUUGUCUGCAGCAGCAGCAGGAGGAGCUGCAGCAGUAGUUGCAGCAGCAGCAGCUGUCGAAGUUGCCUUUUCGUGAAGUGGGAUGCCUUGCGGCGCAUGGUGAGGGGGUGAGUUCCAUUCGUUGUGGAGUGGGUAGGUGGUGAUUGUGGGGGUGGUGUAGCUUAGGGAGAUGUUUUGGUGUUGAGAGGUUUGAGGUUUCCCCCGGGGUGGUGGAGCUUAGACAGUUGUCUUGUGGAGGGAGGGGUGGAGGCGAAGGUGUUGAGGUUUUUUGUUGGAGGUUGGGUUGCGUCGGGUAGGUCUUGUGGGAUCCACUCGGCAGGGAUGCCCAUGUAUUGCGGAUUCUCGUGCUGCGCGGGCUGUGAUCUUGUGUUGACGGGAGAAGUGGCUGUGGGGAGACGGGAGUGUGUGUUGUGAGCCAAUGCGUUGCGAAGGAGAGGUGGUGGAGAACGAAGGAGUGGGGAGAGAGUCGGCGAGCUGAGAGUUUAGGUCCACAUCGGGGUGCGUGCGAUUUUGGGUGGUAGUUUGUUUUGUAAUUUGCGAUAGUAGGAUUGGUGUAGACGGCUUUUCGCUGUCCUGUUACGAGGAUGCGAUAAAGGAAUCAGGGGGUAAGGAAAGUGAGCACGGUGAAGAAGAAAGGGGAGAAAAUGGCGGUUCUUGACGGGGAAGCCCGGGUGCUGUUGACAGCGCAGCACAUUAUCAAAGCCCUCGGCACGUCGGAUGCCAUGACGGAUGACAUGAUAUCUGUGCUUUCUAAGUUUGAUCACAGGUUUAGGGACAUGAAUGACAGAAAUUUGGAUCGAAGAUUGGAUGCUUCCACUUCCCAGAAGUCUCCGAAAGGGGAGGAUUCCGACGAGGAUUCGUACGAUGUGCCCCAAGGGUCGCGAGGGGGAUCUAGGGCGAGGAGGGUGAUCAAUUCGGCCUUGGAUUCAGCGAGGACGGUGAUUGUGCACUGGGACAUGGGGCAUGGGGGGCAUGAGGUAGGCCAGAGGUGGAUCUUUGAGAACAACGCGGAAGAAACUCAGGUGUAUCUGGACGCCGUUGACAAGGUGCUGAUGGAGCUUGAGAAUAUGAAAAUUCACAACCGGGAUCCGAAGCUGCUCGAAGAAGCACAGAAUCUGCUUCAGCUGGCUAUGGAGAGAUUGGAGGAAGAGCUGCGCCAUGUCUUGGAGAUGUACACUGGGUUUGUUGAUCCUGAUGUGCUCUUGGAUUCAUUCUCAGCUGCGUCUUUCAGAUCGCCUUUUGAUGAAGAAGAAGAAGAGGAGGAAGAGGACGACGAAGAGCCGAACAUUGCCACCCCUCGAGUAGGCCAGUUCGAGAGAUCUCAGAGCAGGGCGGUUGCUUUGAUGCCAGACCAAGCGGCAGAAUACGUGAUUGCCAUUGUCACUCGCUUGAUCGCAGGUGGGUUCAAGAAGGAAUGCGUGCAGGUUUAUAUUAGCUCCAGGAAGGUCGUGUUGGAGAACAAUUUGUUGGCCUUGGGGGUGGAGAGAGUGAGCAUAGAUGAGGUGCAGAAGAUGCCAUGGGAGUUACUGGAAGAGAAGAUCAAGAGUUGGAAUCAAGCUAUGAAAGUCGGUGUGACGGUGCUGUUUGCCAGUGAAAAGCAGCUGUGUGAUCAGGUAUUCGCACCUCCUCUCAACGACAUCUGCUUCAAUGAUUUUGCCAAAUCCGCCAUGAUGCACCUUCUCAGUUUCGGGGGAGCCAUUGCUAUAAGUCGAAGGGCACCGGAGAAGCUGUUCAAAUUACUGAACAUGUAUGAAACGCUUAGAGACCUCAUUCCAGAACUGGAAGUAAUCUUUUCUGGGACAUCUGGAUCAAGUGUAAGGUCAGAAGCAAACGGAAUUCUCUCUCGUCUCGGAGAGGCAAUCAGAGGGACCAUUUCAGAGUUUGAGAACGCCAUUCUGCGAGACAGUUCUAAGGUGCCAGUAAUGGGGGGUUCAGUCCAUCCACUUACUCGCUACGUCAUGAACUACAUCAAAUUAGCAUGUGACUACAGUGAUACUCUGAAGCAGGUAUAUGGUGAAAGGGAUAAUUCGGAGGGUCCAGGUAGAGCCACCCAAUCACCCGACGAGGGAGAUGACAGAUACACCAGGGAAGAAUCCUCUCCUUUGGCAAGCCAAGUGUGUCGCCUAGCGGAGGCUCUUCAGAACAACCUUGAAGGGAAAUCUAAGUUGUACAAGGACCCUGCUUUAACGCACGUAUUUCUUAUGAACAACUUCCACUAUGUAGUGCAGAAGGUGAAGGGUUCAGACGUUCGAGUGCUGAUUGGGGACAUCUGGGUGAGGAAGCAGGUCAGCAUGGUGAGGCAAUGUGCAGCAAGCUAUCAAAGGGCCGCAUGGGGCAAAGUCUUGGCUUGCCUGAGGGGCGAAGGCUUGCAAGGGAGCAAAGGUCUGUCCUCAACAUCAGUUUCUCGUCAGACUCUGAAAGACAGGUUCAAGAACUUCAACACCAUAUUCGACGAGGUUCACAGAACACAGUCGCAGUGGGUAGUGGUGGAUCCAGACCUGCGUGACGAGCUACGUAUCUUCAUCGCCAACAAAAUACUGCCAGCCUAUCGUGCCUUUCUAGGUCGUUAUGGGCACCACAUUGAGACUGGAAGGCAUCCAGACAAGUAUAUCAAGUACACCGUGGAGGACCUUGAGACGGCCAUUGGUGACUUCUUCACUGGACACAGUGGCUCAUUGGGGUCCACCUCGAGAAGGAGAUCCUUCUCAUUGCACUCAGGGCAAUAACCUGGGUCAGUAUUGGUAUGCGUCUGUACAGGAGCUUGUUUUCCAACUUUCAUCUAGAAACAGUCGUAGUGUAUACUGAAUUCCGACUACACAAAAAAGCUUCCAAGUUACUACAAACUAUCCUGCCUUGAAACACAGGCAUUGUAAUUUUAUUUUGAGACAGGUGGAUGAUUAUCAUGUAGAAUGUUGUCUUCGUCUUCACAAGCAGGAGACCCUUGUCAGUGAGAGUAAAUGAAUGCAACUGGAGCAUCACAUUUUUCACAACCCAGGUGUGCUGCUUGUCACUCUUUCACCAUCA